GAAAGACAUAACUCUCCAUUCGGGAAGUUUCUAAGUGAUAAUCAGUGGAAACGACUGUGUUUCAAACUUUUAGUGUGUUUUAAUCGGCUGUGUUUGGCUUCACUUUACAGUUACGAGUUAAAGUAACCAGUUAAAACGACCUGUGGUCACCGUGUUAAUUAAACUCGCUGUAGGUUUAUCGCAGUAGAAGCUGCUGCUUUGUGCUCAUGGCUGUCGACUGGAUUGGGUUCAGCUAUGCUGCUCUGGUGUCGGCAGGAGGGGUCGUAGGUUAUGUGAAAGCAGGCAGUGUCACCUCUCUGGUCGCAGGGCUCCUGUUUGGCGUGCUGGCUGCGGUCGGCGCUUAUCUGACAUCUAAAAACCCCAGGAAUGUGUGGCUUUCAGCAGGCACUGCAGGAACUCUCUGUGUGGUGAUGGGACUGAGAUUUCUCAGCUCCUGGAAAUUCAUGCCAGCUGGUUUGAUGACUUUAUUGAGUUUGCUGGUAUUGAUGAAGACCUUCGCCAGAAUGGGAAAGACACAAUCGCACAAAUCUUGAGCUAAAAUAAGCGUUUUCAGUGAGUCUGUAAAUACAUAAAAGAUCAAACUUACAGCAUUCCUCACCAUUUAUUUUCUUACUGCAGUCAUACUUUUAUUAAAAAUGUAACGUGAAAUGGGAUCAUAUAGAAAGGGCUUCCUGGAGCCUGUCCUGCCUCAGAUCACACAGCUGUGG